AUGGCCUCCCUACCGGCUGCCGUGAGGUCAACGGCCCCGAAGAUUGCGCGCAGCGCCCUGCAGCGCCGGGCCCUUCAUUCCGACGUCCACAUCACGCGCACCGGCAAGCCCGUGAUCCCACGACAAGGAUGCACCGUCAUUGUGCCGUUCCGCGAGGAGAUGGCCAAACGCCAUCUCAAGGUUUCGGGUGAUCUUGGCCGUGUGGUGUUCAUUGAAUAUGAUUUACGCAACACCCAUUCGAUCGAGGAGAGCGUCAGGCACUCAGACGUCGUUUACAACCUGAUCGGCCGGGACUACCCCACCAAGAACUUUUCCCUCUCGGACGUUCAUAUCGAGGGUACUGAGCGGAUCACGGAGGCUGUAGCGAAGUACGACGUAGACCGAUACAUUCAUGUUUCGUCGUACAAUGCCAACCCCCAAUCGUCUUCCGAGUUCUUCGCGACGAAGGGUUAUGGCGAGAAGGUGGCCCGUUCGAUUUUCCCCGAGACCACCAUCGUGCGACCAGCCCCAAUGUUCGGUUUUGAGGACAGGCUGCUGUUGAAGCUUGCUAGCGUCACAAACCUUUUCACUUCGAACAACAUGCAGGAGAGAUAUUGGCCAGUCCACGUCAUCGACGUCGGCGAGGCGCUGGAGAAGCUCAUGUUUGACGAUAGCACGGCAUCCCAAACAUAUGAGCUAUACGGCCCACAAAACUACUCAACGGCUGAGAUCGCUGAGUUGGUUGACCGGGAAAUCUACAAGAAGCGCCGCCACAUCAACGUCCCCAAGGCACUGUUGAAGCCGACUGCUGGGUUGCUGAACCGUCUCCUCUGGUGGGACAUCAUGUCCGCUGAUCAGGUCGAACGCGAGUUCCACGACCAAGUCAUUGACGAGUCAGCUAAGACCUUCAAAGACCUGGACAUCGAGCCCGGCGAGAUUUCUAAGUGGACUUAUCACUAUUUGAAGGGCUUCCGUUCGUCAGUGUACUUCGACCUGCCACCGGCAACAGAGAAGGAAAAGCGGGAGGAGAAGAAGUACCUUCACGUACUUGACAAUCAAACGCUCUCCUCCACCACCCUCGAUGCACUUAAGUCCUUCUAUGCUGAGCGCGACGCCCGCGCCGAGCAGUUCGCCAAGCUGCAGGCUCAAGCCGAAGCACUGCAUGAUGCUGAGACCGGCGAAGAGGAUGUUGCCACCGCUGUGAAGGAGCCGGUGGUGUUGUCCAUGGAGGCGUUUGGCGAGGAUUGGAAUGAGAGUCAGUUUUGGUACGCGGAUGAAACAGCAGACCUAUAUGCUCAGGAACUCCUUGACGGGGUCACGGCCGAUUCCACGAUCGCAGUCGUCUCGACACCAAGCGUGUUUGUGGCGUUGAAGAAAGCCUUGAGGUCUGCGCCCCCCGAGCAGCCCAAGCCGAAGCUCCUCCUGCUCGAACACGAUAACCGCUUUGGUGUGUUCCAAGAGUUCGUCUACUACGACUUUGCGCAGCCGCUGAAGUUGCCAGCCGAGCUCAAAAGCACCUGCGAUCGUAUCAUCGCCGAUCCGCCAUUCCUCAGCGAGGACUGCCAGACUAAGACGGCCCUCACUGUUCGCUGGCUCUCCCGACCCUCCAAUGCCUCUUCAUCUUCCUCCUCCUCCACCACCCGUGUCAUCGUCUCCACAGGCGAACGGAUGAGUGACAUUGUUCAGCGUGUGUAUCGCUCUUUUGGGAUACGGGUCACCAACUACGAUCCGGUGCAUGCGCGCGGGUUGAGUAAUGAGUUUUGGUGCUAUGCGAAUUACGAGUCGGGGAGGGGCAGUUGGGGGUGGCAGUGA